AUGUCCUGGACGCUAUCUUCUGUUGAAGUGUGCCAAACAUUAGAAAUUCCUCCGAACGGUGCCUUUAAGGAUUUCGGAAAUAAAGCGACGAUAUUCUACUGCUGUCCGUUGCCGAAAUGGGCAAUGCUUUACACUGUCCUAUCUGUACUUAGCCAAAUUUAUUGCGAUGGUCCUAUUCUUAGGACUGUGCAGGACUCGUACAUGUUUCCAGACUCGAAGCAUUUCGUUGACAUGUCGCUGAAGUUUGAUCCGAUCGCGACAUUGCGAAAUUUUGACGAACUGGGGGAGAAAGCGAACGACAUUGCUGUACUCAGAGAGUUUGUGAACUCUCACUUCAAUCCCCCUGGAACAGAACUAGUGGAAUGGUUCCCUCGCGAUUGGGUCGAUUUCCCUUCCACAUUUUUAAGCAUACAUGAUUAUCAUCAUCGACGCUGGGCGCUCCAUCUGCAUCGUAUUUGGAGAGAUCUGUGUAGACGGGUACGGGAUGAUGUUCGUAGACAUCAAGACCACUAUUCACUUCUGUAUGUGCCUCACCCAUUCAUCAUUCCCGGAGGGAGAUUUAGAGAAUUCUAUUACUGGGAUUCGUUCUGGAUUCUAAAAGGUCUCAUCUUUUCCGAAAUGCACGAAACAGCCAGAGGAAUAAUUAAAAAUCUGGCAUAUAUGGUCGACAAUCAUGGUUUUGUGCCAAAUGGUGGUCGUGUGUACUAUCUUACACGUUCACAGCCACCACUCCUCAUACCGAUGGUUUACGACUAUUUUCUGGGUACUGGUGACUUGGAGUUUGUGAUGGAAGUUUUACCGACUCUUGAGAAGGAGUAUUUAUUUUGGAUCAACAAAAGGUCACGAAUGUUUCUUGGUGACGAUGGCAAAGAAAAGUUCCCGUACUAUCAGUAUAGAGCAACGCUACACAUGCCACGUCCGGAAUCAUAUCGCGAGGACUAUGAACUCGUCCAUCAUUUGAAAAACCAUGAGGACCGAAUACGCAUGUGGUCAGAAAUAGCUUCCGCGGCUGAAACAGGAUGGGAUUUCUCGACGAGAUGGUUCGCUCAAGUGGGAGAAGGGAAGCAUAAUAUGAAAAGCAUAAGGACCUGGAGCAUAGUGCCUGUCGAUUUGAAUGCUUUCAUGUGUGUAAACGCACGAAUUCUGGCAAGUCUUUUCGAAAUUAGAGGCGAUUUCAAAAAGGUUGCAUUUUAUCAGCAGCGCUAUGAAUGGGCAAAACGUGAAAUGAAGGAGAUUCACUGGAAUGAGACUGAUGGGAUUUGGUACGACUACGACCUGGAACGAAAGACUCAUUCUAACACUUACUAUGUUUCGAACGCUGUACCACUAUAUGCCAAAUGCUACGAUGACGAAGAUGAUAUUGUUCCCCGCAGAGUCCUUGAAUACCUUAAGGCAGCAGGAGUUAUGAAUUUCACCAAAGGUUUGCCAACUUCACUUGCUAUGGGUAGUGAGCAGCAGUGGGAUAAGGAGAACGCUUGGCCGCCUAUGAUUCAUAUGGUUAUUGAGGGUUUCCGUACCACGGGCGAGCCUGAUUUAAUGGAGGUGGCUGAGAAAAUGGCUACCUCAUGGUUGACAGUGACCUACCAGUCCUUUAUCCGAACUCAUGCCAUGUUUGAAAAAUAUAAUGUGACUACACUCACCGAAGAAGCGGCUGCUGGCGGAGGCGGAGAAUACGAAGUGCAGACUGGAUUCGGAUGGACGAACGGUGUUAUCCUCGAUUUACUCGACAAAUAUGGCGACAAGAUGAAGAGCUCGUCACAAUUGUCCCCUAUCGUUUUAGUUACAGUUUUCGUUUUGUGGCAUUUUGGAUAG